UUGGGCACGGCAACAACCCAGGUCAGCCACGCUCAGCGGGACGACGCGACCAUUCUCCACCCGUUCCCCAAAAACCAGCGGCGGCGACCACCACACCACCCAUGGCUCUGGCGGCGGCGAGAUCCGGCCUCCGGUCGCUGGCGGCGCGCGCCGCCCCAGCGAGGCGCCGCAUGUCUUCCUCCGUCCACGACGACGCCUAUGAGACGGCCAAGUGGGAGAAGAUCACCUACGCCGGGAUCGUGACCUGCACCCUCCUGGCGGCGUACAACCUCUCCAAGGGCCACCCCCACUUCGACGAGCCGCCGGCAUACCCCUAUCUGCACAUCCGCAACAAGGAGUUCCCCUGGGGACCUGAUGGCCUGUUUGAGACGAAGGACCACCAUUGAGCACUGAAUAGCACACCUUCUGGAGUCCGUGCAUGUUUUAAAGAGUUAUCUGGUUGUUCCAGUGAUUUUCUUUUCCAUUGAAACCUAUUUGCAGCAACAAGAAAUAAGAAUGACGAAACUCUUGUGUUGACAGUCAGGUCUUAACUGUGUUGUUAGCUAUUACCUGUCUUGUUUUUUCUUUCCGGCCCACAUAAAAAAUGACAUCAAGUUCAAAUUGCCCAGUUUCAGGAAACGGUGUCACUAUAUGAAAAGUUGUUGAUCA